UUAAAGACAUGCUCGACCUGAUGGAAGGCACCAUGACAUUACUUGUAGAUGGAAGGCGCGUUAUCCGCCAUUGUUGCUUUACUAAAAAUGAUCAUUCAUACGAACUGAAAACUAUAAUCAAAGUGCGUACCUGCUCAACCCUUAUCAAUGCUCCACAAUCCACAUGAUUGUGUGCGACCUCCUUUUCUAGCGGUAGAAGUUAGGUACGCUUGAAACUGAAACGCUCAACUAAGUACCUAUAAUUUCGACGUUUCAUCAUUUCAAAACAUCGAGUGUUUGUAUUUUGUUUUGGUAUCUGCUCCCAAAUAGGUAAAAAAACAAUCCGUCUGCAAUAUUUUGAAUGAAACCUUAUCAAGAAGUGAAAAUUCAUAUUUAUCAGCAGGAAGUCGGCAACUUGUUUUUUGACAGGACAGGAAUCAAUUAUGCACAAAAACAGCCACUUCGAGUAGAAUGGUCGUGUGCGACAUAAGUCGGAUUUGUUCUAGAAAGUACACUCAAGUACUUGCAUCGUUAACAGGUGCGCUAAUCGCCCUGUCUGAUGGAAUGCAACUGGGUUGGUCAUCGCCAAUGGUGCCAAGGCUGUUACUGCCAUCAUCUCCGGUUCCAAUACGGAAGAGCGAAGUAGUAUGGAUAGAGAACGCGUAUCUGUUGGGAGGUUUAGUGGGAUUAUGGUUUACAGUAUAUUUGUCAAAUAAAAUCGGGCGAAAGGGCGCAAUUUUAGUGGGGGGCUGUCAGAGUUUGCUAGCUUGGACGAUAAUGAGUUUGUCAAGAGAUUCCUGGGUACUGAUGUUGGGAAGAUUCAUAGCUGGAAUAGGAGCUGACAUCAACUACGUAACGACUCCAAUGUACAUUGCGGAAAUAACACACCAGAGCAGAAGGGGGCGCUUGGGAUGCACAGUGUUUGUAAUGAUGCACAUCGGAACUUUUUUGGUGUACGUCAUUGGGCCGCAUAUUCCCAUAGUGACGACAAGCGUAAUUGGUGCGGCGGUCUGUGUGAUACAACUAUUAACAUUUUCAGUGAUGCCCGAGAGUCCGUACUAUCUAAUUAUGAAAGGACAUGAUAAGGAAGCCAAGGAUUGUUUACGAAUAUUGCGAGACUCAGCAAAUUUGGAGGAAGAGUUCGAUGCCAUGCGCGAUGCGGUAAAGGAGGAAACAACGUCUCCAAGACGGCUGCGUGAUCUUUUUCAGAGCAAGAGUAAUCGGAAAGGACUUUUAUUGACGGUUGUUUUGAAUAUCCUACAAGACUUCACUGGGUGUACUGUCAUUGUCAUGAAUUUGCACACAAUUUUAAGUGAAUUCUCACCAGUAGGAGCGCCAGUAGCAAUUAUUGGCAUCGUCUUUUCAAUAGUGUUGGUGAUUUCGUGUGCGACCGCUGGGUAUCUGAUGGAUGUCGUGGGUAGAAGAAAGCUUCUGAUAGUAUCUUGCUUCUUAACCUCAAUUAAUCUUUUUGCGAUUGCCGCUUAUUUGACGGUGAAUAUAACGGGAAUAUUUACCCCACAUUUGGAGUGGGUAGAAUACGCCUCACUAAUAAUAUACGCGAUAGUUCAACAAAAUGGCGUUGGAGUAAUUCCGAAUGUAAUACCGGCCGAAUUAUUUCCCACCAACGUAAGGGCUUAUGGCUGUACAGCAGGGGAUGCAUCUUUCAUUAUAGGCAGUGCACUGUCCAUCUUUUUGUACCAUUUUAUAGUUAAAUACGUUGGAAUGGACGUACCAUUUUACAUGUUUGCUAUCUGCUCUUUAUUUGCGGGCAUAUUCUCUAUAUUUGUUGUACCUGAAACUACGGGAAAGACCUUAUACGAAAUUCAAACCAUGCUGAACGCAGGUGGGAGUCGUCGCAAAAGGAUGUACACCUCUGAAUCGAAGCGGAAACUGAACUCGAACUCUCCUUGUGAAUCAGAUGUGGACAAUUAGCGACAAUAGUAACAUAACAUAUUAUGCAGUACACAGAAUGUAUUGUAAAACACUCUAAUAUAACUAAUUAAGACA